AGUGGGAUGGGAGGAAAGCAUUUCUCUUUUUUUUUGGACAUUGAAGAUUGAAAUUCAUUUGGAGCUGCUCCCUCACUUUCUUGUUCUCUCUCUGUCUCUCUCCCCCUCCCUCUCUCUUUCUCUGUGGCUAUUUAGGGGUCAAUGUUUGUGUCUGUUCACUUACGUAGCACUGGGGCCAGGGAAAGUUUAGAGAAAACAGGGACCUGCGGGGAGAAAAUCAGGACUUUAUCAAGAAUAAUAAGAACCAAAGCACAGACAAAAUACAUCUAAAUUAAGAAGAAGAGAACACAAGGGCUUCCUCUCCUUUUUCUGCUUGGAACCAUGUGCAUCCAUACCUCAAGUGAGUGAGUGAAGUGGGGGGGGAGGGGGCACUUUUAUCACAACACCUCGUCACAGGUGCUACUACCUGGGCAUUAAGGUGUGGGGAGCACCAUGAGGAAAAUCCUGUUGGGUUGGGGGCUGAUGCUGACGGCUGGGGUAAUGGGGGCUAGCGUAGUGGGUGCUAGUGGAGGAGGAGGAGGUGGUAGAGGGCAGAGGCGCAGAGGAGAAAAGCGCAGGGGGCUCCAUCGUGUCCAGCACGGCCACUGCAGCUACACCUUCAUCCUACCAGAGAUGGAGCGCUGUCAGGCCAGCCCGGUCCAAUACGGCAGCACCAACAUGGUUCAAAGGGACAAACCACCCCCUGCAGAGAGUGACUGGUCUGCACAGAAAUUGCAGCACCUGGAGACGGCCAUGGAGAACAACACGCAGUGGCUGCAGAAGCUAGAAAAGUAUAUCCAGGAAAACAUCAAGAUGGAGAUGGUGCAUAUUCAAGACCAUCCAGUACACAACCAGACUGCUACCAUGCUGGAAAUCGGAACUAACCUGUUGACUCAGACCGCAGAACAGACCCAGAAGUUAAACGUUGUCGAGGCUAAGGUUAUGAACCAGACAUCAAGAAUUGAGAUCAAGUUGUUGGAGAACUCAUUAUCUACAAACAAACUGGAGAAGGAAUUAUUGGUACAGACUUCUAAAAUCACUAAACUGCAAGACAAGAACAGUCAUUUGGAGAACAAGGUGCAGGUGUUGGAGUCACAGCAGCGGGACGAGCUGGAGGACAUGAGGGAGGAGAAGAAUAGGCUACAAGGACUGGUGAGGACCCAGACGACAGCCAUCAAAGCUCUAGAGAGGCAGCUGAGGGUUGCCAGCACCAACAACUCAGCCCUGCAAAGGCAGCAUCAGCAGCUCAUGGAGUCGGUCCACACGCUCAUCAACAUGGUGUCUACCGGUACAGGGAUAUUGCUGAGAGACCAGAGGUUUUGUGAUUGUGCAGAAGCCUAUAAAGCAGGACACAACAUCAGUGGAGUCUACUACAUAUACAUCAGUAACAUGACAGAACCCACCCAGGUGUUUUGUGACAUGGAGACUAGUGGUGGAGGCUGGACAUUGUUCCAGCGCAGAGUCAACGGCAGUGUGGACUUCCAGAGAACAUGGAAGGAAUACAAAAUGGGUUUUGGGGACCCUGCGGGAGAGCACUGGCUUGGGAAUGAGCUGGCGUUUCAGAUGACCAGUCAGACCCAGUAUGCCCUGAGAGUGGAGCUGAGAGACUGGGAGGGGAACACACCCUACUCCCACUACGACAAGUUCCAACUGGCCAGUGAGAAACAACAAUACAGGCUGUUCCUGUGGGGCUACAGUGGAACAGCGGGAGAGCAGAGCAGCCUGGUAUCGCAUGGCACCAGCUUCAGCACCCGCGACGCCGACAACGACAACUGCCUGUGCAAGUGUGCCCUCAUGCUGACUGGGGGUUGGUGGUUUGACGCUUGUGGCUUGUCCAACCUCAACGGCAUUUACUACACCGUGGGCCACAACAUCCGCAAGCUGAACGGCAUAAAGUGGCAUCACUUUCGGGGACCGAGUUAUUCACUUAGUUCGACAGCCAUGAUGAUCCGACCAUCCGACUUCUAAGACCGGACAGUCAUUUGGAGAGGGGAAGGGCUGUGAAUGGGAAAGGGACAGUCAUUUGGAGAGGGGAAGGGCUGUGAAUGGGAAAGGGACAGUCAUUUGGAGAGGGGAAGGGCUGUAAAUGGGAAAGGGACAGUCAUUUGGAGAGGGGAAGGGCUGUGAAUGGGAAAGGGACAGUCAUUUGGAGAGGGGAAGGGCUGUGAAUGGGAAAGGGACAGUCAUUUGGAGAGGGGAAGGGCUGUGAAUGGGAAA